CAGAUCCCCACCUGCACAGCCACUGACUUAGAAUGGCAGACGGAGCAAAGGUGUUCAAGAAGACCAGCCCCAACAGCAAGCUAUCCAUCUACCUGGGGAAGAGAGACUUUGUGGACCACGUGGAUUCAGUGGACUCUGUAGAUGGUGUCUGCCUGAUCGACCCGGAGUACCUGAAGGACAGAAAAGUGUACGUGACGCUGACCUGCGCAUUUCGCUAUGGCCGAGAUGACCUUGACGUUAUUGGACUGACCUUCAGGAAGGACCUCUAUGUCCUCACCACCCAGAUCUUCCCACCGGUGCCGGACCAGACACCCAAAACCCUCACUCCUUUGCAGGAGAAGCUGAUGAAGAAGCUUGGGGAGAAUGCCUACCCCUUCACCUUUGAGAUUGCCACCAACCUGCCCUGCUCGGUCACCCUCCAGCCAGGACCAGAUGAUGUGGGAAAGGCCUGUGGUGUGGACUUUGAGGUCAAAGGAUUUUGCGCUGAAAAUCUGGAGGAGAAAAUUCACAAGAGGAACUCGGUGCGCCUGAUCAUCCGCAAGAUCCAGUUUGCACCCCUGCAGAUGGGGCCAGCCCCAAAGUCGGAGACCACCCGGCAGUUCAUGAUGUCUGACAAGCCCCUGCACCUCGAAGCUUCCCUGGAUAAGGAGAUCUAUUACCAUGGAGACCCCAUCAAUGUGACCGUCAACAUCAACAACACCACCAACAAGAUCGUGAAAAAAAUCAAGAUCUCAGUUGAGCAGAUCACAGACGUGGUCCUCUAUUCUCUGGAUAAAUACACAAAGACUGUGUGCACUGAGGAGAUAAAUGAGACCGUGGCGGCCAACUCCACCUUCUCCAAAACGUACUCUGUCACCCCCUUGCUCUCGGCCAACCGUGAGAAGCGAGGCCUGGCUCUCGAUGGCAAGCUCAAGCACGAGGACACCAACCUGGCCUCCACUACCAUCCUGAGACCUGGCAUGGACAAGGAGGUGCUGGGCAUCCUGGUGUCCUACAAAGUGAAGGUCAACCUGGUGGUGUCCCGAGGAGGCAUCCUGGGGGAUCUCACUUCCAGCGAUGUUGGCGUCGAGCUGCCUGUCAUCCUGAUGCACCCAAAGCCUGCCGAUGCGAGGAGGACAUCGUCAUCGAGGAAUUCGCUCGCCACAAACUCAAGGGGGAGAAAGACGAUGAAGAUGAGAAGGAGGAGGCUGACAAAGAGGAAAGCUAAGCUGCCGCCUGCUCGCACAUACAGCCACCCGUCCCACCCGCCCUGGUUUGGGGCAUAGAUGCCCAUAGCAUGUUCCCCGCUGUACCACACGCGGUGCAGACCCUGCCGUGUGUUCCCCUAGCUGCACCUCCUUCCCCAGGCUCCCUGCACCGACUCCAAGCCCUGGUUGGGGCGGUAGGAGCCGCUGCAUCUCCUCCCGGUACCCUGGAAAGCCCGAGUGCGUGCAGGACGGUGCCCGCACCUUCUUCACCCAUAGGCGCCAGCGAAGGCACGGGGAGAGUGGGCCGGAGCCCACCGCCAUCAGCGUGUUUGUCGUUUGCCUGCGUGCUGCAAUACUCUGUGACACCGUUAUCAAUAAACCCGCCCCAGUGGCCCGGUGCAGGCUCCGUGUGGUGGUCCCGGGGCCGCGGAGGAGCCUGAAGCGAG